AUGGUCCCGUCUGCAUCCUGUGGUUCUGUGAUGAGAAUUGCAGAUAAAAUUUUAUCGAAUAAAUCAUCAACAUCUUUGUUAUCAGUGAAUCAUCCAUUUUGUCGUAUUUGUCAUUUAAUUGAUAAUGCACCUUGUAAUCCAAUGAUAACGCCGUGUCGAUGUUCGGGAACCAUGCAAUUCGUUCAUAUUGCAUGCCUUGUUCAUUGGUUGGAAUUAUCGUCACGAAAUAUGUCUUCGAAACCAUUUUGUGAACUUUGCGGUUAUUAUUACAAACGUCAUUCAUUUUUUAAUAUAAAAGAAACACAUUUUCCGCGUAUAAAUAAUUGCGAUAUUAUAUUCAAUAUUAUAUUUUUAUUUGUAAUAAUUAUUAUGGUUAUUUGUGUUUUUGUAUGCGUUCAUUUUAUGGUUGUUAAUGAAUAUAAUCGUUCUUUAAGGCCAUAUCGAUCACAUACAAUGACAAACGAGGAUUUUACGAUAAUAACUUGUUCAGCAGUUUUUUUCGCUGCAUUUUUCAUCGCAGUUUUUACUCAAUAUAAAGCUGAAAUAUCCUUUAUUGGUUUGAUCUCGCGAUUUUGGCAAAUCAAUCGAAAUUGGCAAAUAAAAAAUUAUCAAAUAAAUCAAGAUUUGGAUGGAUUAAAAGAAAAGUCUAAAUCAUCGCUUCUUUGCAAUGCAUCGACAACUGAACAAUGCGUUAUAUUUCAGUGA